UACUACGUUGAACAUGUUUCUAACUAUUUAGAUAUCGGCUUGUUUCCUUGAAGAAAAGUGUGAGAAAAGCAGCGUCUAACGUGAUAUAAAAUUUAUAUAAUCAAAAGAAAAAUUUCAAAGGAAUAAUAAAUAUUCGAUCGUGAUAAUUCCCGGAGACGAAAUUUUCGUCCGUCGUAACGGCGUCGCGAGCCAAAAUGUCCGCAGGUUUGUGAUAGGAAGUGCACCCUCGUCUGUCAACAUUUCUUAACUUUGACAAAGUAUGGUAUUAGGAAAGCUUCUAAAUUAUCGACUAAUAUAACGUAUUUUCGCAAUAAACAAAUGUGAAACGCUAUAAAACAGAUUGAAAAUUAUGCUUGUGUUAAUGGUGUUGUGUUGGUAUGAUUUGUGUUUGUAGCUCUUAUGCAAACUGAAAGACGAUGAAGAAUUAGGAGGCAGGAAUUCAUAAUUUUCUCUGGAUUUUAUGUGAUUGCUAAUAGAAAAAUUAUUUAGUCCAAACUUCAGUGUUCUGAUACAAUAAGGAAUACAUUUGCACGAAUAUCGAUGAAAAACAGCGUAUAUCUUAAUGUUGUAUGGAACUUAACCCAUUGUCAAUGAAAUAAUAGAGAGAAAGAGAGAGAAAGAGGGAGAGAGAGGGAGAGAGAGAGAGAGAGAGAUAGGGUGAGAGUGAGAGAGAGAGAGAGAGAGAGAGGGAGAGAGAGAGAGAAAGAGAGAGAGAGAGAGAGAGAGAGAGAGAGAGAGAAAGUUAUUGUAAAAGUAUGAAUUAUAAAUAAUUAGAUUAGAAUUAUUUCUUGCACAUAUUGUGUUCAAGCAAGUGGUUUUACAAACACAUUAGUUAUGAAAGGAGUUUGUGGUAAUGACUCUUUGCUAAAACAAUUUUACUUCAGUGCUUAUCAAUUGUUCAAGUCAUUAAUGCAUUACUAAAAGUGAAUCUAUCAUUACUUAUUAUAGUAAUGUAUUAAAUUUAUCAUAAAGUGGAUAAACUGUUAUUGACCAGUGUUUUACAUUUAGAUUUAAGAGUUUAGCAAAAGAGAUGCAGUGGGUAUGAAUUUAUUAUAUAAUUAAAAUGUCAAGUGACAGUGAUCAUAAAUACCAAGUGAUUAAGCGCAGAAGGCUUGUCAUUAGAGAUGAUGAAAGCAGCGAUGAAUCUGUCAUUGUACGCUCUCAUAGAAAAAAGCAAGUACAUAGAGUUGUUAGCGAAGGAGAAAGUAGCGAUGAAGAAAGUGAUGUUCCAAAACCAAUGAUUCGAAGAAGAAAUUAUAGAGUAAUUAGCGAAGAUGAUACAUCGGAUGAUGAAAGUAUUGCUUCAGAUGCAAGUAGAUCAAUUCAAUGUGAAAGUGAUAGUUCUGGAUGGCAGUCUGAUUGGACAAGUAAUGAUGAGAUGGAUAAUAAUACUGAAAAUCGUAAUACAAGUCAUAAAACAUCUAGUAAAUCAAAAACUAAAGAGGAGAAAGCUGGGGCAACAUCAACAGCAGUAUCUGAAAUUGAUUCAGAUAAUAGCGAUGAACAAAUAGAAAAAUGUCCUAUAUGUUUACUGCCAUUUAGAAAGCAAGAAUUAGCUACACCAUCAUCUUGCGAACAUUGUUUUUGUCUUGAUUGUUUGAUAGAAUGGAGUAAAAAUAUUAAUACCUGUCCAGUAGAUCGUCAAACUUUUACAGUGAUUCAUGUGAGAAAGCAACUUGGAGGAAAGAUUCUAAGGCACAUACCUGUUGAAAUAACACCUCGCACCGAGGAACACGUACAAGAAGAUCCAACUUUUUGUGAAAUAUGUCAUCAAUGUGAUAGAGAAGAUCGUAUGUUGUUGUGUGAUGCCUGUGAUUCUGGUUAUCAUUUGGAAUGUCUUACUCCUCCUAUGACUGAGGUUCCCAUGGAAGAAUGGUUUUGUCCAGAAUGUUCUCAAAAUAGUCAAAAUGAUGCUGAAGCGGUUGAAAUUGAUUUGGACGAAAUCUCAGAUCUUAUGGAAGAAGCACGACGACUUGGUGUUUCAUAUGGUCGAACUCGUACCGGGGUUUCAAAUGAGAAUGUUCAUUCUUUACCUAGAAUAAUUCCUAGAACUCGACAGACUGAACGUGUACGCGCAAAUAUACGCAAUCGUGCUCGUGAAUUACAGAUAAAUAGAGUACACAAUCAUGAACAAAUAUUUGAUCCAAAUCAACCAUCUACUUCAUCCGGUUUGGAAUCAGUUGGUGAUAAUAGCAUAAGUCGAUCUCCAAUAACUUCAAAGUCUAAUUCUAAAUCUAAAUCUAAAGGCAAAACAGCUAAAAGAAAGUCAAAAAAACGUACGAGAUCGUCAAACAAUAAUGGUACUCUUGUUCGAGAAGUACGAAUUACAGAAUAUAAUGACGAUGGAGAAGAGGAGGAAAUUGUUACAUAUGUUAAAGUUGCACCAGCCUCGUCACGAAGGAAGUCUAAGAAAAGAACAAAGAGAACGCGCAAGAAGUGGAAACAGAAACGUGCACGUACUGUGUCUUCUGUGUUAGCUAGUAAUCGUACAGUUAAAAGAAGAUUAAGUAAAAUUUUAGGAAUAAUACCAAUCAAAAAUAAUCCAUCGACGACUAUCAUAAAACCUCAACAACCUAUUUCCAAUCGAUCAAUUAUCAAUGAUAGAUAUAAUGCUUUUAUUCCUCAAGUUAGUCUUUUUGGGGAGAAUCUUGGAUUAGAAUAUAGUCCACCUGGAUCUGAGGAUGAGCAGUUUGGUUCAAUCGGCGAUGGCCCCGUAGUUAGCAUUCAAAGACGCUCUAUAGUCGCAUCAACUAGAAGGCAUGUGGCUGUAAAAGGAAUUGCCAAUCCUCUUAACAAUUUGGAAGUACAAGAUACAGUGGAUGUUUUAGGCAGUAUUAUCAAUAGCCAAGAACUAUGGCACUCGCGAAAGAAAAACAAUGUUAUUCUUAAGGCUAAUGGAACUUUACAUAUAAGUGAUAGUGAACAUACAAAUAAGCACAGCAUUAAUAACAAUGAAAGUCCCAAAAAAGAAAAAGAGCACAUUGAUCGUCAUAAGCAAGUCAUAAAAAAUUCUGAUACACCUUUAGAUUUAUCUAAUGUUAAUCCAAAUAACAUUAUGCAAGCUCCCUUGUAUAAUAAUCCCUGUGGAGGAGGUAAUAGAGGAAAUUUUCGUGGUGGUUAUCGUGACAACAAUCGUCAUGGUGGACAAAGUUAUGGUGGUAGAGAAUCUCUCUCAGGUGGAGGUCGACAUGGUUAUGGUGGAUCGGAUGCGAGGGAUAAUUUUGGCCAUCGAGAUUUCCGAUCACCAGGAUAUUACAAUCAGAACUUUGAUCAUUGUGGAGGUCCGCCUAUGUUUGGAAGUAAUCCGCCAUUUAGAAAUCGUAAUCCUCAACAUUUUCGAAAUGAAAGGUUUCGAUUUCCUGCUCCAGAAAGGACGCCGUUUACCUUUACAGACGGUUUCGAAAGACCUGGUUUUCCUCCUGAAAGAUUUCCAAGGUCGAGGCCACAAUUACGCAUGCCUGGACCACCGGUGGGCCCUCCUCCUCCACUAGGGCCAGGGAUACGGCCACAACACGCGCAAAAUCUACCUCCAAAUCUUUCUGAUGAUAUGUCAAGAAAUUUUCAAGGAGAACGAGACAAUUUUAACGUUAUUGAAACUGCCUCUACAUCUUUAAUAAGACAAGAUAACGAUGACUGUGAUAUUUAUUGUGACAUAGAUACUACGAACAAAUCCGGAUAUGACGUUCAAGAUCCUUGUCACAAUAAUAGCGGAAUGGUUUUGUUACCACCCCCUGAACCACCUUCCGAGUUGCUAGAUUUUGAUGAUAACUCUAAAAGUGAUAAAGACAAUGAUAGUGAUCAAGAAUUAGUUAUUGAUGACUCUCAUAAAGAUGAUGCAAAUAAGGAAUUACAAAGUGGUGAUAAAUAUGAUCCAUUCACAGCCGAUAGUGAUAGUAAUGAUAGUACUCGCAACAAAAAUAGUGAAAAAGAUCCAUCUAUAAUAAAUAGUUACGAUAUACCAAUACCUUCGGAUCCUCCACAAGUACCAUCAACUUUUUCACAAGCAGUUCCUACUUGUCAAAAUAUACAACAAGCGACAGUUCAAAAUGUAAGAUCUGACAUUCGUUUGACGGCUUACGACGACGACGACGACGACGAUUCGCAAGUAGAUUGUCCUAAUUUAUCGAUUUAUUCGUCACAAACGAUGGAUGUUGCUAGACAUACGGAACAAGAAUUGUCGCAACAAAUUGGACCAUUGGAACCACCACCGCUUCCACCGAAUAUACCGGACGAUGAUGACGUUAUAGUUGGAGACGUUCAAGCUUGCGACUUGGCUGAAAUUCCAGAACCGUCGGAUUCUUAUGUGAAGUCGUUACAGAGAGAAAGAAAACCAUUUACUAAAAUAAUACCUAAAAAAUUGUCGCAUGAAUCUAGAAGUAAAAUAACAUUUAAGAUCGGUAGUAAAUUUAAGCUUAAUAAUAAAUUAAAUAGUUUAUACGACGAUCUCGAUGAUAUUCCGGAUGAAGUUGAAGAAAAAAAAUUACACAAUGAGAAACAAUCAUCUGACAAAUUAAAAACGAAAGCUGAUCAAAAAAAGGAUGUCGAGAAAGAAACGAAAUCUAUUGAGACAGAUUCCGUUAAAGAGAAAAAUGGAAUUAAAGAUUCGGCGAAAGGUGAUUUAAAAGAUAAUGAAAAAUCGAAAUUAAAGGAUCAAGGAGAUGACGAGGGAGUGCAAAAGUUAACGCAAAUAAAUAAUAAUAAAGAAAAAAUAAUAGAUACAUGCAAAAAUCAAAGUCACAGUGAACAGGAUGAUGUAGGAAGGCAUACCGACAAAGCGGAUAAAGAGAAGUUUCCUAUUCAAGAAAACAAAAUAUCAGAGAAUGAUACUGGCAAAAGUUGUAAAACUAGUGACAUUGAUAAUGAACAAAAGGGUAAUGUUACAUUGCAACCGGUUAUUGAUAUUACGGAAAAAAGUUCUGACACGAUUAUUUCUAUCGCUGAUACUUUGGAAUCAUCACCUAAAAAAUUAGACAGUAAUGAGUUAAGCGCAGAAUAUAUCGAAGAUAAAGUUGAUGAUUUAAAUGUUAGAAAGGAUAGUCAAAAUCAAAGAGACGACGACGACGACGACGACGACGACGACGACGACGAUGGAAGAAAUGAAACGGCUUGUUUUAGAAAAAUCCAAUGGGAGUAUCAAAGUGACAAUUUAAAGGGUAAUUCGAAUAAAUUGAAAACUAAUAAAAUUGGUUCAUUGACGAAAGAAAAUUUGAGAAGUACCGCUGGUGAUAGCGAUUGCGAUUUAGAAAGUGAGAAGGAAGAUAGAAGAAGCAGAGAAUUCAGCGAUAACGAAGAUUUAAAUAGUUCUAAUAGACAAUGUAGAAAGAGUAGCCUUUCUUUUCGUACCGAUGACGACGACGAACGUUUUCCCAUUGAAAAGGAAAAUACACAGCAAUUAUUGGGAGAUAAUUUGGAUCAACAUACUUGGGAUUCCGAUGGUGCAUACACACCGUGCAAAGAUGAAUUACCUGUAAACGAUCGAUGUCACGAAUCUUUAGCGCCGUUUGAAAGUGGUUUGGAACCGAUUACACCGACCAAGGAUAAAACGAACGAUGAUUUAGAUGGAUGUAGGACACCGGCAGAUUAUGCUGGUUUAGGAACCGAAGCGAUAUCGGAAACGGAUGAAGCAAUGAACUUCGAAGACGAAUUGACCGUUUCGAAUAUUAGAAAGGAAAAGGAUAUGGAGGAAGGGGAGAUAUUGGACGACAGUAAAUUAGCCAUGAAGGAGAACGAAAAGCCGAAGGAUAAGGACGAGGAAGGUAAGAAGAAGAAAAAAAAGGAGAAGAAAGAAAAGGGUAAGGACGUAGAGAAGAAUAAAGAGAAUAUAUCUUCGGACAAUCAUGUCGCAUGGAAGAAAAUUUCGAAAAGUACGAAGGAGAGACAGUAUCGUGAUAAGGACAAGAGAUCAAAAUCUAAAGAAAAGGAAAAGGACAAGGAUAAGGAUAAGGAUAAAGAUAAAGAGAAGGAAAAGGAUAAGGAUAAGGAGAAAACGAAAAAGAAGGCGAAGGAAAUUACGAAGAAGAAAGAAAAAAGGAAAGAAUUGCCAAGAUAUGACGUUAGGAAAAUCGUCGCUGAGAAGCCCGCUAGACCUAAGAAGGACGAGUACGGUAGAGACAUUAGAGAAAAAUCACGAAGUAGAACCAGAAGUCGCAGUUUAUCGAGUCGCAUGUCACGUUCCAGGGAUCGUAGAAGUCGUUCUUACUCGAGAUUACGAUCGAGAAGUAGAUCUAGAGUUAGGCUUCAUAGAUCGUGGUCGAGAGAACGAAGAUCUUAUUCGAAGGCAGGCGGUAGAUCUGUGUCGAGGAGAUCGUUAUCUCGAUCUCGGCGUAGAUCACCUAGGAGAAGAUCCCUCUCUAGAAGACGAUCUUUAUCAAGAAAACGAUCUUUGUCAAGAAAACGAUCUUUGUCAAGAAAACGAUCUUUAUCAAGAAAACGAUCGAUCUCUAGGAGAAGAUCAAGAUCGAGAUCAACUUCGCGGAAACGUCGAUCCUUAUCGCCAAGGCGAAGAUCGCGAAGAAGAUCGCUCUCGAGAUCUCGUACCAGGAGGAAAGGAAAAUUGAAGAAAUACAAGUCGAGGAGUCGAUCGAGAAAUCGUAAGAGAUCGCGUUCUAGAUCUCCUAAAGCAACGUCGAAAUCACGAGAGAAGAGGCACAACAAAAGAAAGCCCGCCAGUAGAUCACGAUCGAAAGGUAGAUCUUGUUCGCGCGAACGUGAUCGUAGUAGAAAUUGGGAACAGAUCAAUGAAAAACCGAUAGAACAUAAUCAACAUUUUUCACGGGAACGCGAUGAGCGUGAAUCCUGGAGCGCCGAAUGGACACCGUCGUGGUCCAGAUCAAGAUCAAAGACACCAUCUCAUACUCAACCCGAACCUUUGCCGUCACGUGAAUGGUCACCACCUUCUGUCCUGGAUAGCGUAUCGGUACCGCCUAAAAAUUUAACUGUCAUUCUAACUAAUAAGGAAGCUAUUAAGAAGAAGAAGAAGGAACGAAGGAAAGAGAGUAAGAAAUCGAAGGAACCCGAAAAACGAAGGAAAACUAAGAGAAAUAGAACUCCACCGCCGUCUAAAGAAGUCUUCGCUAGUGGUGACAAUAUUUUAGUCAGCGUGUGCUUUAACAAAGAGAACGAAGCUAAUCAGACGAGCGCACCUGAGCUACCUGAAACUAUUCCGCUUAUACAACCUUUAAAACGUAGACGUAGAGAACCGAUACAAGCGGAAGCAGCGGUAGCAGCGGCAGCGGCAGCUGCAGCAGCUGCAGCAGCACCACCUAAAAGAUCAAAGAAGGAUAAGACGAAAGCUAAACGUUCGAAAUCACCCAAGGGGAAGAAAGAAAAGAAGAAGAAAUCGAAGGCAGCAGAAAUCGCAGCUACUAAGAAACCCGUAGCUGUAAUCGAUCUGGACCAAUCACCUUUCCGAGAACAAACUCCUUCUCCUCGCGACGUUAUAGUUUUAAGCGAUGACGAUGACAAACAGGCACAGGAGGUUGCUACUCCGGAACAAUGUCCGCCACAGGCAUCUCCUCCUCGCGAGCAAUUCGUUUCACAAGGGCCAAAGACACCCCCCGAACCGCAAAUUAAAUUUUCAAUAAAUAAGCAAACGAGCAAUCUCAGACCUUCCAUGAUGAAUCCUUUAUUGGAAGAAGAGGAAGAGGAAAUGGAUGAAAGAGUCGAGGAGGAACUUGAAAUGAGAGCUCAAGAGGAAUUAGAGUUGCGAUUGAAAAUUGGUCCCAACACACCACCGGAUCCACCUACUUCACCCCCAACCUCUCCCGAUGCUUACGAUCCAUUCGAUCCCACGAAAUCUCGAUCACCGACUCCUGAUGUUAGUCAAGAAGCUACGUCGAACGAUGAAAGAGACAAAAGUCAACGAAAUUCACCGAGAAGUCAUGAUGCCACCGACAUCACCUUGAUGCCUGACGAACCUAUGCAGCAACAAGAUCAACCUACGCAAGAGAAACAACUUGAAAAGCCGAAAAUAAUCUCGAUGGUUACGAUUAAAAGAGCAUCACCGAAAAGAGAUUCAUCGCCGGUAGCGGAAAGUCAAACGGAUACGGUACAAUCAUGUAGUAGUCCACCAAAAGUACAACAGAAUCAACAAAAUGCACAAUCUACGAGUAAUCCAUUUGCUACUAUUAAUCCUGUUUUGGCGACUGUUGCUGCUGCAGUACAAAGAAGCACUGGAUUUAGUACUAGCACACCUAAUACAAGUCAACGUAAUCUGAUACAGUCAAAUCGCAUUUCACCAAGUAAUCAAAUGAAGCAACAACGUACAAGCGAUAGACCGCAACUUCCUAACAUCUUUACUAAUAGUACAAAGUCUACAUUAACGCGUGCUUCCAAAUCUAAUCAAAAUAAAAACAGUUCUACCAUGGGACAAAAUGGCAGCGAUGUAAUAAUGGAAGUGACCAACGAUGCUGUCGAUAUGUCUUCGCCUUAUUCGCCAGGAUCGAGUUUAAGCGAUGGCAUGUUCGAUCCACCUAGUCCAGGAAAUUAUAAUAGUCCUUCUAUUCAGCCAGUCAUCACAAAUAAUAAGAAUAAUGCAUCUAAGCCAAAUAAAAGUACAGAGAAGAAAGAUGCCUUUGAUGCGUUGUUUGCAGCAGGACCGCCCCCAAAGGCAGCUAGUAAAAAUAGGAGUAAAAAACCUACUGAAAAGAAGAAGAAAUCUACCAAUCCAAAAGUCGGAGUGCGAAUGGACGAAAAUCAACUUCAAAUUUUGGAUGAUCUUCCUAGUUCUGCGGUAGAAAUGCAAGUGAAAGAUAAGUUCUUGAAGAAAUUAAAUCGUCAAGAAAGAGUCGUAGAAGAAGUAAAGUUAGUGUUAAAGCCACAUUAUACCAAAAAGCAUGUUACAAAGGAAGAAUAUAAGGAUAUUAUGCGGAAAGCCGUACCGAAGAUAUGCCAUAACAAAACGGGAGAAAUCAAUCCUAAGAAGAUAGCUCAUUUAAUAGAGGCAUAUGUGAAAAAACUUCGAAACAGUAAAAAACAAAAAGUAUCUUUGACUUCAACAUCAAAGGCCUCGAAACCGGCGAAAACGCUGUGGAGUUGAUCAUAUGUUGGAAAUGUUAGUGCAUGAACAAUUUCUUAAGUCGUAGGCCUCUCCGUAAAUCGCGAUUAAGCACAUUUUAUCGUCCGGGUUGUAAGUGAGUCUGUGUUUUUGGGUAUCCACACUCCAUCACAACCACCGAAUAAUGUGUAUUAUGUGUACAUACUUAAUUCACUAAUUUUAAGCGUAAUAUUUUUAUUUAUCUACGUAAUUCUUUACAAACAAACACACACAUACACACUCAGACACGCACGCACACCCACACACACACACACACACAUACACACACACACGCACACACAGACACAUGAACGACGGAGUUCAAUAUAAUAGAAUAUUAUAAAGUUCAAUGUGUAGACAUCAUGGUCUAUAUUCAAGCUGCACAUUUGGAAAAUCUAUGAUCGUUCUCUUAGUAUCUUUGUUUGUAUCGACAUAGAUGAUACUAGCAUUUCUACACGCGUAUGUGUUAUGAAUGCAGACCAUUAUUAUGAUCUACAUUUAAGACUAGGGAGUGUAAAAUAAGGUCAUAUUUAAAUAUGCGUUCAUACUCGCAACACAUGAUGAGAAUAAAAUGCUCAAGAUAUUCGUGUCGCUAUUUAUGGGAGAGGAAGUAAAUUGGCCGGUAAUUUCUGUAUAGCCUGAUGUAAAAUUAUUAGAUUUUUAAGCUAAUUAUAUUAUUACGAAUAAGAAAUGGCCUGUGUCCUGGAAGUUUUUCAUACGAUUUUAUUUCCAACAAAUUAGGAAAUGAAAGAUUUCAUUUACAUUACAACUUCAUUGUGAACAAUAUGAAUAAAUGGCUUACACCGAUAUAUACAUGUUCGUUGGUUAACAAAUUCAUGAUGUAAAUAAGAUCGUGUAUAGAACUUCAAAACGUCUAAUAUACGGAUCUAAUAGAAAAUCAAUGUUUUUACUUUCACACAUUAAAUAUAUUUCAUUUGAGAUAAAAAUUAUAUUCAUUUGUUUUACUUCAAAGUAAGAUAUAUAAUCUGUUGUAUCUCACAUUACAAUAUUGACAUAUUUUCCUACACUAUCUUAUGCAAAUCUUUUAAAUAAAUGCAAUACAAACUUUGCAUAGUCACAUUCUGUUAUUCAAAAUGUGCAUUCAACGCGAUGAAGAUUAAAGGAACGUGCACCAUAAUAAAGCUAUUAAAUGACAUCUAUCUCAAAUAAGAUAUGUGUUUGUUCAUGGAAAGAUGAUGUUAUUUAUAUAAAGAAAGUCUCUGCUUCUUGCAAUAACAGAUUAUCAAAAUCUAUAUGUGGGUGAGGUUAUGUUUAUUAAAAUAAGUUAUAGAGGAAAGCUAAUCACAAAAUUGUAUAUUUCAUUUCCUAAGUAUCUGAAAACACAUAUUUUAUCCAUCACAUACAACAACAAAAUUACAUUAAUUAAUUAAUUAAUCUACAGUUAUAUUACAUAUUUCAAAAUUUAUUUUUAAUUUCAUCAAAGUGAGAGAUCAGUAGAUUUUGUACGUUCUAAGAUGACAUUAAAAUUUCUGAAUCCUCUUGCGAUUUACAUUAUACGUUAAGUAUGUGGAAUGUGUUUGAUUAGAAAAUAAAAAUUCAUAAAUCCACAAUUUACACUAUUACAAAUGAAUCUUUAUCUCUAUUCACUGGUACAUGUAGAAACUGUUUCAUAUGGACAGUAUGUGCAUGAACAUUUUUGUACUAAAUAUAAUAAUGUAUAUAUAAAUGAGCGAAAAUAAAUGACAAAAAAUAAAACAUUUAAUAUCGAUAAA